AUCCUCACGCCGCCCCUUCCAUUCCUUCCCCAACACCUCAACAACCUCGUUUCAUAGCAUACCUAUCCCUCAUUCACCGUCCUGUAGCCGCUGCUGCGCGCCUCCUCCCUGCAUAGUCCCGGGAGCAGUGCGUUGGAGCAAGCUGAAACACCUCACAGCUCUCUUGGCGCCCGAGAUUCAUGCCCUGACCUCCACGACAACAUAUCCAACUCUUCUCGACCUGCAUAUCCUACAAACCCAUCCUAGACCGCGUCCCUCGCACACCUACGCACCAUGGCUCGCGGCUCCCGACAGUUCGUGGGCGAAGAACCUAAGGGCGAAGCCUCCGCUAUCCCUCCACACUCCUCCUCGGGCAACGCUCCCCACAACCGCUUUCUCCCCCGCUUCAACCACAACGGACACGAAGUUACAAAGGGCAUAGAGCCAGAGGGCGAGAGCGGAAGGAGGGGAUUCCACCCCAUCAAGUUCCUGCGCAUUUGCUUCAGGAGUACCAGCCGGGUCUCCAAAGCGGUCAACAUCCUGUGGCCGGUCGUCCCUGCUGCGAUUGCAGUGCAUUUCGCGCGCCCCGACUGGCAUCUCGCCAUCUUCAUCCUCAACUAUAUCGCCAUGGUCCCUGCCGCUAAUUUGAUCGGCUUCGCAGGCCAAGAGCUUGCGCGCAAGGUCCCUAAGGUUCUUGGCGUUAUCAUGGAAACCACUCUUGGUUCUGUUGUUGAAAUCGUGCUCUUCAUGGUUUUGAUCAAGAAGGGAGAAAGCUCCGUUCCUGUUAUCAAAGCUGCUAUCCUUGGAUCAAUUCUUGCCAAUCUUCUCCUCUGUCUGGGCACCUGCUUCAUCGCUGGAGGCUUGCAGCAUGACGAACAGACGUUUCAUGAAGUGGUCAGCGAGGUUGGCAGCGGAUUGAUGCUGGUCGCUGGAAUGGGUCUUGUGGCCCCCGCCGUGUUCUCGAAAGCGGUCACUAGCAGCGAUCUCAACACCUCUGGCUUGACAACAACCUUCGACGCCCAAACUCUCAAGAUCAGCCGCGCCACUGCUGUCAUCCUCCUCUUCUCAUACAUGGUCUUUAUCUUCUUCCAGACCAAGACCCACGAUGGCCUAUACGGCGAAGUCUUGGAAGCCGACGAGCAAAAAGACCGCGAUCGCGAAAAGGAUCUUGCCAAGGACAAGCUCACCUUUACUGAGUGCAUCGUGGCCCUGCUAAUCGCUAUCGCCUGCGUCUCCCUCAUAGCCAUCUUCCUCGUCGAGCAAAUCCACUUCCUCGUCGAAGAACGGCAUGUAAGCGACGCCUUUGUCGGCCUCAUCCUCCUUCCCCUGGUCGAGAAAGCUGCAGAGCAUCUCACCGCUAUCGACGAAGCCUAUGACAACCAAAUGAACUUCGCCCUUGCGCACGUCCUCGGCGCCUCUGUACAAACCGCUCUCUUCAAUACGCCCCUCGUCAUCAUUGUCGGGUGGGGUCUCAAUGUCCACAUGGACCUCAACUUCGAGAUCUUCGACGCCGUGAUGCUGAUCCUCGCGAUCCUUGUCGUCGGGAGUUUCUUAAGGGAUGGCAAAAGCAAUUAUCUCGAGGGCGUGCUGUGCGUGCUAGUGUACAUGAUCAUCGCGAUUUGCGCGUUCUAUUACCCAAAUCCGGCCCUAGAGGGGCCAGAGGGAGAGACGCCCGAGGGGGGCGAGGCUGUUGCGAGGAUGUUGAUGAGGAGCUUGGGCGGUUGAGAUGGAAAGAGGUUCGACUUGAAGGGACCAGGACAUAUCUUCUCUGCUAUUCUCCGGAUGAUGGAUCUCUCUUUCGAAUUCGAUUCCUGCGAGUUGCAUAUGAUCAUAGCGGGGAGUUUUGCAUGGG